AUGGAAAAUAUGACUAUUCUAGAAAAACCUUUACCAAAAACAAUAUCUCUUCAAAUUAUUCACAGCGAUGGUUUUCAAAAUGUUUUUACUUAUACCUGCCCCAGAUGCAGUUUAGAGUUUGCAACAAUGUUCGACCUUGGUCUGCACUCAUUUGGCUCUUAUGAAUACACAUGCUGGAGAUGUUUUAACCAAUUUCCAGAAAAUUUAGGAACCGUCAAGGAUAAUGAAUGUUUAGAAGAAGCUGACGACCAAUCAGUUCAUGAUUUAAAUGAUAAUGGCCAAGUAUUAACUGGCCAGAUGACACAUUACUGCGAUUUAUGCCAAAAAACUUUUAAAUCAGAUAAAGGGUUUCAACAACACAUGGGAAAAAUCCAUAGUUCUGGAUAUAAGAACUCCAAAUGCAACAAGUGUAAAUGCAGAUUUAAAAAUAAGUAUGCGUUAAAAAUGCACAAAAAGCAGGUCCAUGAGAAAUCAAACAGGGUAAUAUGCGAAAUUUGUAAAAAAAUUCUAUAUGAUAAAUAUCAUUUGAGGGUUCAUAAUGAGAAAGAGCAUGCAGUCGAAUUACUGCCUGUUGAUUAA